AUGAAUACCUACGCGUUCACGGUCCCUGCGCGGAUCAAGGCCCAGGUAGUUCCUCAGGACGGUCUCGACAGGGCUGAAUUCGCGACGUGUUUGUCCUCGCUGCAGCGGAUCGCAGAGGUCAGACUGGUAGACGUGAUGCCGUGUGCCGGACUGUUCAAUCCGCAGGCGUAUCCCCAGGGCCACGUGAUGUACGACUUCACCACGGACGAUCAGGAUGUCUCGCAGCUGUUUCUGCUUGAUUUCGAGCCGUUUCGCAAAGUGUUUAAUACCAUAGGCAUUCUCAAAUGGACCGAGGAAUUGGACGACGGAAAACUAUCAUCUUUGCACAAAGAUCUCAAAUCCCAGCACCCAAGCUCUCUGGGCCACUACAGCCUUGUUUUUGGGGCUCCAAAGGACUACAAAAGCGCGGUGCCGAACGUUUUCGCGGUCCUCAGCGACUUGGCCAACAUCGAGACGGUGAUUUGCGACGUGACGUCUAGCUUUCUCGGAAACCUUUCUGUCUACGUCUCUGCGUACCAGCACGUGACUCUGAGGUCGCCUGGGAUUGCCAGUGGCAGCGUUGCGAACGGCACGGUGAAAAAGCGGAUCUCGACCUCUUUCGAGAGCCAGGACAAAAUCCGGGCCCACAGAAACAAGGGCCGGCGACAAAAACUGUAUGCGAAUUUCUACCUGCUGGCCGGCAACCUCAAGAGCGCGUUGGCCGAGUUUUGCGAGAGUAUUCUGAAUUUGCAGUAUGCUGGAGACUAUUUGUGGCUGGCGUCUGGCUUAGAAGGACUGGGCCUGUGCAUGGCGCUGUUGGUGAAGCUGGAGGCACCUUUCCAACUGCCGACGGAAAUUCUCGCACUGCUGGAUAACGUCAAAAAGACGACACAGUCGCCUAUCGUCUCUCCUCGGCCGUCCUUUCAGUCGGCAAACGGUUUCCCCACCCAGCCAUCAAGUGCCGUGUAUUCUGUCGAGGUGGUUGAAAAUCUCAUCAUCAAGGCGAUCAACAAGUCCUUUGCGUACUACAGACAGAGUUUGCAAACGCCCGAGGAUUACGCUCCGCAGAUAGUGCUAUGCGAGAGCAAUCUUCGAUAUAUCGACUAUCUGAGCUCCGUCAACGUCCACGACAGCGUGGAGCUUAUUUGCAGCAUCACGAGCGAUAUUUUCAACGAGCGAUUUGUGCAUCUCCCGCCUACACAGCGGUACCGGAUCUACAACUCCAUGAUUUACGUCUACGGCAGGCUGAACAUGAGGAGAAAACGAGCAUUUUUGAUCCGCGAGCUUCUGGAGCUUGUUCUAAAACACCAGCUGAUUGCAGAAGAGUCCUACGAUGGACAGCUGGAGGAACUGCUGGACUCUGUGUUGCAAAUAUAUGGAAUUGAUUGCCAGAAAACACCAAACCAGAUUCAGAAAAAAGUGCUCGUCUCAGUGUUCCGAUUCUGCCACCACAUCAAGUACCACAAGGGAGUCGCAAAGUACGGCUGUUUUUUGCUGCGCGACUUUCACGUGAUGCUAUCAGAAAACGAACAAUCGCAUAUAUUUGGCAUUCUGUGCCAGCUCAACCAGGUGUAUCCCUACUGGGACGACCAUCUCGUGCAAAACAUCAGUCUGUACCAGAAAGACAAGCUGAUCCAGGACGAACUGUGCGAGGCCGCUAUUGUGCUGCAGAACCCGUAUUUAUUUGAGCUGGAGGUGAAAAAUAUCAAGGUUGCAACCAACGGGUUCCCUGUUAAAACACAGCUGAAUUUGAAAAGCAAGGUCACGGGCACGUCCAAUACGUCGGUCACGCUAAAGCCGCACGCACUGACUACUGUCUCUGUGUUUGUGGUGCCUCUGAACCACGGAAACAUGGAAAUUACGGGUAUUUCCGCCGUGGUGAGCAAUUGCGAGGAGAGAACGUUCGAGUGGCUGGAAAAACAGCCGACAACGGCGAAAAACCCCGUCCCAGAGUACAAGCCCCGGUCGUUGACGGUACCGGUGCUCUAUGAACAGCCGCUGCUGAGUCUGGUGGACGUCAAGCUGCCCAAUCGCUGGAUCAUGCUACUGGAAGGUGAGUGCAAGCGGUUCGACAUCGUGAUGAAGAACGCGUCAAAUGUCGAGGUCAACCAGCUCACGACGAAGUUCCUGGACUCGACGAUCGAGCCGCUGAACCAGCUGCUCCAGAACAAAAACCUGCCGCCCAACGAGGUGUACGAGAUCGAGUACUACCUGAUCAAAAAAAACCGUUCAAAAUUCUGA